AAGGCUCUGCUCUACUAUUGAAUAUUACUGGCAACAAUAGCGUCCUGUCUAUUGAGAUGAUUGUCACUUGGGGCUCGUGGACCGCGUUCUCUAACGCCCUCUCGCUGACCGUUUGCAGCUGGAACAGAGUGAUUCUAAGCUAUGCAGGAUUGAUCUACACCACCUCAGUCAAGCAGUCAGAAUCGGUUCGAUUUGGCCAUUAUGAUCUCGCUCGCAUCGGUAGCUGCUACUUAACAUACAUACUGGCAUAUCUAACACCAAUCAUGGAGGGGAUGGGCAAUGCAACAUGGUUUCUGAAUAGCACGGACUAGGACCAGAAACGCCUUCCUGGUCAAUUAAGAUAAUGCUUGAGUUCGAGUAGACUUAUGCUUGUAUGUACUGCGGUAAGCAUAUUCAUGCCAAUUGUCCAGAACGGCAGACGCCAUUGCCAGUC